AUGUCUGACACAAAGGUCACCGCAUCUGGCACGAACAACCGGGGAAAUCACUGGUGCAAUCGCUCCGAUGACAACGGCAACCGUGGGUACCACUACAGUAACCAGGACGGAGGCUACUAUUACAAGAACACCGAUGGCUCCACUUACUACAAAUCUCCGACCGGCUUCUCAAAGUACACGCCCCCCAAUGGCGCCGUGAAGAAGACUUACUAG